GCAGCAGGCGGAUCAGACUGGUGAAUGGGGCAGGUCGCUGUGCCGGGAGAGUGGAGAUUUAUUACAAUGGCAGCUGGGGGACAGUCUGUGAUGAUUCCUGGGAUCUGUCAGACUCCAGUGUCGUUUGCAAACAACUGGGAUGUGGACACGCCAUCAAUGCAACUGCCUCUGCUCAUUAUGGUCAAGGAUCCGGACAGAUCUGGCUGGAUGAUGUGAACUGCACUGGGAACGAAUCCAAUCUCUGGGACUGUCCUUCCGGGGGAUGGGGCCAGCACAACUGCAGACACAAAGAGGAUGUGGGAGUUCUCUGCUCAGAAUUCACAGAUCUGAGACUGGUGAGUGGCAGUGAUUGUGCUGGGCGACUGGAAGUUUUCUACAGUGGGACUUGGGGCAGUGUCUGCAACAGUCCUAUGGAUGCCGUCACCAUGGCACUUAUAUGCAAACACUUGGACUGUGGAGACAGAGGGACACUUUUGAAAGAGUUUACACAUGGAAGCGGCUCUGGCCCCACCUGGGUGGAUGGUGUUCGGUGCGAUAAGCAGCACAGCUCCCUUUGGCAAUGCCCGUCAGACCCUUGGAAACAACAAUCGUGUAACAGAGUAGAAGAAACCCAUAUUGCUUGUGAAGGGAAACCACCUCAGACCCUGUUUACCGAAUGCCCGAACUCUACAAGCUGCACAGACAGGGAGAAGUUACGUGUCGUGGAAGGAGAGGACGGAUGCUCGGGGAGAGUGGAGGUUUGGUACCGUGGCUCCUGGGGAACAGUUUGUGAUGACUCCUGGGACAUGGCGGAUGCUAACGUUGUGUGUAAACAACUGGGCUGUGGAUCUGCUGUAUCUGCCACGGGCGAGGCUGCAUUUGGCGAGGGGACUGGUCCCAUCUGGGUGGAGAAGAUGAACUGCAAAGGGACAGAGUCAUCUCUCUGGGACUGUCCUGCCAAGCCCUGGGGUGAGAGCAACUGUGGUCAUAAGGAAGAUGCUGCUGUGAAUUGCUCAGGUGAGUGA